AUGCUUCGUUUGUUCAACAGAUACAAAGAAAGCAACGGUACUCAGCAUUACCAGCUUGGAAAUAUUGUAAGAAGUAUCACUCCGAUAACUGGAAUAUUGUUUGAUGAAGAGCUGUUGAUAUUUAAGCUGAAUACAAUUAAGCCAAGUGAACAGAUAGUUCAAGCUGAACUACAUUAUAAUAUCCAGUAUAAACAUCGUUUCACUUGGAAACAAAUGAAAGAAAUUGUAAAAGCAAUUGGAAUUUUCCAAAGUAAUACGAAAGCGCAAAUCGUACGAUUACCGCCUACAGCAUUGUCACGUUAUUGGCUUAGCUUCGAUAUGACUAAAUUGAUUAAUGAAGCAUUACAAACAAAUCAAACUGUUGUUACUGUGAAGUUUCUGAGAAACGGUAAAAAGAUGAAAUGUGCCGAAUUAAUCAAACGGAAUACACCCUUCCUGCUUGUAUAUGCCGAUGAACCGUUGUUAACUGAUGGUGGGAAAUUUCAGUUUACAUUCAAUGAGAAAGCAAUUCCUGAUUUGCAUACUGGUGAAAUUUAUUGA